CUAGCAUUUCUCGUUAUUCAAGCAAAGCACCGCUCGACGGCUCCGAUGCUUGCAAGUGAAGCGGAGCGUCGACGCGCAUUGAGGACAUUCUUAUCAGUCCUUGCAAUAGUUACUUCGGCAAGGUCGAUUCAAGCUCUGUUCUUGCGAUCGCGGAAGAAAGAUGAAGAAAAGGAAAGAACUAUCCUUGAUAAAACAGCAGUACAAAUUGCUCUGUUUCCUACUUUAAUCCCGAGACUCUACCCCUAUUUUCGCCGGCAGUUAGGAACCUCAGGACUUGCGGAACUCAUUUCUUCUGCAUUUCUUCUGCUUAUCCCUCCUUCUUGGAGAGUCCAAGCUGCGCUCUAUGCAACAUCUUCUGCUCUAUAUCAUUCUGGUAAAACAUCAAGAUUGAGGCAAUGGCUGCCCCCGACUUGGACUUUGAAUAUUAUUGGAAAUGCAAUCCUGCUGUGGGCAUUCUUAUUCAAGAGCGAAGCAUUUCCGUCUGUAUACGAAAGAGUUAUACUAUCGAACUCGACACAUUACGUACCACCAGAAAUGACGAGAACAGAACUUGAAGAGCUACUCCGUAAUGCUACGUUCUCCAGGCAAUCGGCGUCUACAACACCUACUUCCAGUACUCAACCACAAUCAAAGCACGCAUAUACACUGUGUGCAGAACUCCAUCCAUCGGAGCCAAGUUGUCUUAAGAACUACAUCAAAGCAAGCCUUGACGAGUCGAGCAGGACGUGGAGGUGGGUAGGGGCCUUCAGUGUGCUUCCGAUCCUGCUGUCAAAGAAGAAUAAAGAAAUGCUGGCAAGGGAUCCGAUGAGGGUUUUAUGGAAAUGGUUGACUGCGACAGUGCGGGGUACCGCAUUCGUCACCGGAAGCAUUACAACAGCUUGGGCGACGACGUGCCUCUUACAACGCAUGCUGCCGAGACACAAACUCAAACAAGCAAGAUGGAUGAUAAACGCUUCCAUUUCCUCACUCUGGAUCUUGAUUCUCCCGUCUAAGAGACGCAACGAGAUCGCACUCUAUGUCGCUCGUCUCGCGGCACUUUGUGCCUGGAGAAUCUGGAGAUUGGAAGGAGGUCCAGCUAUUCCCUUCGGAGAUAUCGCGUUGUUUGCAUGCUCUUGGAUGCAACUCUCCAGGUUGCAACGACGAGGAGAGAAGAUAACAGGUCUCGUCGGAUUAGGAUUAUCAAUGGUACAGCCAAAAACAUAAGAAGGCAUUUGCAAGUACCCAGUCAUUGCUAUUUUAUGGCCCGGUUAAUUAGAUGUGAAUCGACUGACUUGCCAGCAAGUUUUGAUCAAUCGGUCCUGCGUAAAACUCACCUCUGUCGCUCAAACUUGAGUAGUGUCGAAUGUCAUGAUGGGGACGGGUUGCUCAC